AUGUCGGCGGCGGGGCUUUCGAGGCGAUGGGGGGCUUCCCAUCGGCGUUUUCCACUCGGGAGGACCACGGGUGGCUCAGCUCCGACGGGGGGUUGGGUCAUGUACGCGGUGGACCAGGCGGGCGUCUACCUCUUCGGCGCCGCGUGGACCGUCACAGCGACGUUCCUCGGGCUGCUGAGCGCGACGGGGAUCCUCGCGCCUGGUGGAGCACAGUCUCCGCGCCAUCUUCGCGCCCUGCAGCUGGGUUCGUGGGCGGUCAGCCGGGUGUUCUGUCUGUGCGCCCGCAGGCGUGCGCCUGGCGACGCAGAGCUGGACGAGCUACUGCCGCUGGCGCCGCCGCAGCCCACGGCCGCCAAGUGGUGCGGCCAAGCAGCGGGGCCUGGCACGACGACUGAGCAUUUCCGCCCUCGGGUCAAGGGCAGGGGCUCCAAGCGCAAGUUCAACGACCUCCCGAUCUGGCACCAGGGUCAGGUCGCACGUCGUCGCCUGAACUUCGACGAGGUUCUGCGCGUGGACCGCAAGGGGCUCCUGCAGGGCUCAUUUCGAUUCGAUUGGAUUUGA